AUGGUGCAGUACCUCUCACGAUUUAUACCAGACUAUGCUCAUAUCACAGCCCCACUUCGUGAACUGACAAGACAAGACACCAAGUGGGAAUGGACUGAAGAACACGACAAAGCCCUGAACGACUUGAAGGAAGCCCUUACAGGAGCCAAGGUCAUGUCAUACUACAAUCCAGAUAUUGAUGUUGAAGUAGCCGUAGACACCAGCCCCAAAGGAUUAGGAGCAAUGUUAACACAGCGAGGAAAAGUCAUCAGUUAUGGUAGCAAAAUCCUCACCGAUGUAGAGACGAGAUACUCACAGACAGAACAGUAUCGCCCUGGUAAAGACGACAAAAACCCAGCCGAUUUUAUGAGCCGACACCCUGUAGCCAGCUCAGAUGAUCCAGACCACACCGAUGAUUAUUUGUACAUCAACUACCUGUGUACAAAUGCUAUCCCGAAGGCGAUGACAUUUGAUGAAGUUCAAGCCUGUACCAAUGCUGAUCCUGUACUGCAGAAAGUGAAGAAAUCCAUCGAAACUGGUAAUUGGCCGAAACGUGAUGACACCAUGAGACCUUUCUACCUCCAGAGAGAUCAAUUUGCUGUCCAUAAUGGUGCCAUGAUGACAUGUUCCCGCCUAGUGAUUCCGAAGACACUCCAGAAGAGAGCAGUUGAGUUGGCACACGUUGGUCACCAAGGUAUAGUAAAGACGAAGAGCCUCUUACGUGAGAAGAUAUGGUUUCCUGGUAUUGACGCCCUGGUCGAAGAAGAAGUCCGACAAUGUUUACCCUGUCAAGCCGCCAGCAGCCGUGGAGCUGAAAAACCGGAGCCGCUGAAGAUGACGCCACUCCCGAAGUCAGCAUGGAAAGAAACGUCCAUCGAUUUCUUUGGCCCACUACCCGUGCCGACAGCUGAUUACUUGAUGGUACUCAUUGAUGAUUACAGCCGGUUUCCCGAAAUUGAGAUUAUAGCGUCUACUGCAGCUAAGACCGUCAUACCCAAACGUGACGCAAGGGCCCAACGCGCCGCGUAG